AUUCUGAUUCUCAUUGUUUUUUGCUUCGUAGCAAAGCAAAAUAUUUUGAUUUUUUGAAUGGUGUGUUUUUGUGCAAAUAAAAAGAAGUGAAAAUGAUGUCUCAUAUGGAAGAAUUGGAGCAGGAGCCCUUUGAUGUGGCGGAGUUUAUUGAACGGCUCACCUGGAGGACAAGUAAUGAGCUGGGACCGGAUGAAUUUGAUCCUGAUCUCCUGCAUGAGACCUUUGUGCAAACAAUUAAGGAUUUAACAAUCCUCCAGGAGAGGCAGCAGAGAAAAUGCGAAAAGCUCGAAGAAGCCCUGAAGGAGGAGCAGAAGUUUCAUGGGAGCAAUGUGGAUAAAUUGCAGGAGAAGCAUCAGACGUCUGUUGAUUGGUUCCAUCAGUUGGAUGAGAAGAUAAAUUCCGUUGCGGGGAAGAUAAUACACCUGGGAGAGCAGCUGGAGAAUGUCAAUACGCCCCGAAGUAGAACAGUUGAGGCACAGAGGCUGCUCAACCACAUGAGUGAAUUCCUCAUUCCCGGAAGGAUAAUAAAUGACAUCUUUAGUGACAAAACCAAACUAUUUGAGGCUGCAGACAUCAUUCAGAAGCUCUAUACGAUUUCCCAAGACUUGCCAACGGAUAAAUUUGGGGAGGCAAAGAAGAAAAUUGAGGGGAAGUACGAUGAAAUUGAGAGGGCACUCAUUGAGGAGUUUGCUAAUGCCCAAAAGAUGGAGGAUAUUGAGAAGAUGAAGCACAUUGCAUCGAUCCUGUCGCAAUUCAAGGGUUACUCACAGUGUGUGGAUGCAUACAUUGAGCAGAGUCAGGCUUCCACGUAUGGGGGGAAGGAUAUUUUUGGCGGAAUCCUCCCCAUGUGUCGGCAUCACUAUGCAAUAAUAAAGAAAGUCUUUGCCAGCCCUGAUCAGGUGAUGUCCAAGUUCAUCCUCAACAUUUAUCAGCUGAAGAUUAAUCAGUACGCGCAGACAAAGCUCGAGGAUCGCCGGGAUGAGGAUAAAUACCUCAAAACACUGUACGACAUGUACUCACGUACAAUGAAGCUCUCGAAUGAUUUGUCGGAAUUCACCAUGGAGAGUGAUGAUGAUCUCCUGGCUAAGCUUACAAUGAACAUCUUUGCGAAGCAUCUGGCCACAUACAUUGACACCGAAGCGAGAGUUUUGGAUGGAAAGUGCUCAACGGAGCUGCGAGAGUUUUAUCGUGGGAAGAAGCAUCAGAAGAAGCAAACUGAGCGAUUCCAGGAGCUAAAGCGGGAUGUUCAGGCGCUCAUUGGCACCAGGGCGAAUAUAAAUAUUGCCCAGAUUGAGGAUUAUGGCGGGGAGACAUUUCUUUCGGAGGAAUUGGCCAUUAAUCUUCUUCAAGAGUCCAAAAUGGCCUUCAAGAGGUGCCGCCUGUUAUCAAAGAAAACUGAACUGCCAUCGAAUGCAAUUCGUCUGGCGGAUAUUCUUCUGCGCUACCUAAUGCACGAACAUGUUGAUUAUGCCCUUGAGCUUGGCCUCCAUGCCAUUCCACUUGCCGAGAGCAAGACUCAUCCACAAAUUUACUUCUUCGAUUGUGUCCAAAAGAGCAACACUGUUGUGCAUCUCUUGGAGAAAACAUACAGCGCAAGUAUUCUUCCGUGUGUUUUAUCAACGCCGCGAUAUAUUGAUUGCAUUGAAAAGAAGCGGAUUAUGCUGGAUCAGAUUGAAAGUAAACUUGAUUCGGGCUUGGACAGAUCAAUCAAUGCCUUGGUUGGAUGGGUGAAGGUUUACCUGCAGAAUGAGCAGCGAAAGUCAGACUUUAAACCCGAUACGGAUAUUGAUACAGUUGCAUCGCCAGCAUGCUUGCAUGUUGUGCAGCAACUAAUGCCGGCAAUUCAGCAGAUUCAGUGCUGCAUUGAUGGGGAGAAUCUCACGUCAAUCAUGACGGAGAUGGGUGUGAGGCUGCAUCGAGUGAUCUUUGAUCAUCUUCAGCAAUUUCAGUUCAACACUGCAGGUGCAAUGUGUGCAAUUUGCGAUGUAAAUGAGUACAGAAAGUGCGUGAGGGAGCUCAAGAGCCCACUUGUGACACAACUCUUUGAUGUUCUACAUGCUCUGUGCAAUCUUUUGCUUGUAAAGCACGAAAAUCUCCAAGAAGUUUGUGGAGGAGAAACUCUGAACUCUCUGGAUAAAUCAGUCGUGAUGAAUUUCAUCCAGUUGCGAAGUGACUACAAGACCAUAAAAAUAUCCAACUCUCUCAAAGGAAUAAAUGAUCAUAGAAUUUAAAUUGUAAAAAAAUCUCAUCCCGGUAAGUUAUUCCAUUUUGUUUAACUAGAACUGUAAAAGAAAGAUGUUUAAUUUUUCAUAAAAUAUAAUUCACUUUAUUGAGAA